AUGGAGAAUCUCAGUGAGCUUCAGAACCCAUUGUUGGACAAAAACAGUAAGCACAUGGUCAAUGGUUACGGGGGCGACUUCCCUAAUAACCAGUACCAGGAGAACAUUAUUAAUUACUUUGCUGGAGGAGGAGGUGGAGGUGAGGGAGGAGGAGGAGGAAAGGUGAAUAACGGCAACGUAGUGAGCGGAGGUAGUUACAACGCCAACGGGAAGAUGAAAUCUCAGCAGCUUUUGGACGCCACCUCGCUGCAUCUGGCGGUGGAGGCCUUCUACAGGCCCAACUUCAUCCUGUACAAGGAGGACAGCGGCAGCAUCAAGGCAAAGGAAUACAAAAGCGAGUGCUGUGAGACCACCUUCACGGAGAAGAAGGCGAAGGAGGCGUCCAACGCGGCGGGGGCGGACACGCCUGGCACGGAGGAUCCCCAGGCGAAGCUGCUGGAAGACGGCGAGCACAUCAAGAUCCAGACUGUGUCCUAUGAGGUUGAGGAGGAGGAGUACGUGGAGUAUGAGACGGACUGCUCCAGCGACAGUGAGAGCGAGGACAACUUCAUAGUCGUCCCUCCACGAGACCACCUGGGCCUGGCCAUCUUCUCCAUGCUCUGCUGUUUCUGGCCUCUGGGGAUUGCAGCAUUUUACUUCUCACAGGGGACCACCAAGGCAGUGAACAAAGGUGACUUCCCACUGGCCAACAUCGCCUCCCGACGGGCUUUGUUCCUCGCCGCCCUCUCCAUCACUAUAGGCACCGGUGUGUACGUGGGGGUGGUGGUAGCUCUCAUUGCCUACCUUUCUAAACCAGGACACAUAUAG